CUAUCGGACAAGCCGGAAAUCCACCCAACCAUGUAGGAAAUGAUGCAACAACUUUAGAAGAAAAGAAGAAAGAUCCUACAGUUGUGCACACUGGGAAAAGCAAGUUCGCAGAGAAACGAGGGUAAUUUUUGUGUUUCUGAUGGAAAGUAAAACAACAAGAUAAAGCAUUUUGAUUGGGGAUUUAUUUAAAAGAAACAAAAAGAAAUGUACACAUAUUUAUUUAAAUUAUUUUAAAAUUGAGUCGUUGCCUUGAUAUGCAUAUUUUUUUAACAUUUGGGUAAACUUUAAAAAUGGUUUUAUUCGAUUUUGAUUUUAUUCGAAUUAUGGGUACAACCAAAGGUACCACUAAGACAAGGUACCGCCGAGCUGUAACCUUAUUCAAGCUGUAACUUCAUUUUUUAUCCUUUUAAUUAAUUAAAUAAUCUUGAUCAUGACUUCUUUCGUGAAAAUAUAAAAUUGAAGUAAAUAAAGUUAAAUACAUAAACAUAGUGGGAAAAUUUUCCAAUUAUAAGCACGCUACAAAAAAAUUUCAAAAACCUUUUUUUGGCGGCAUAGUCGAAAAUUUUGAGAAUACACAGGAAUUCACCCUCAGAAGACCUACAGACCCUACGAUAUCUUCUUGAUCCCUCAAUGCUACGCACAAGUCCUUCGAUAUUAAAUUUAAUCCUUCAGAAUCCCCAGUAUCCAUCUUAAUCCUUUUUAAUCUUAUUAAAUUUAAAUUUUUUUGCCAUUUUUUGGGCCGUAGGCGUCUAGAGUCGAGAAUCCCCUCAAUCCCUCCAAAAAAAUUUAACUUUGGCUACAAAGUUAAAUUUUAAAUUUUAAUCUUUAAUUUAUUUUUAUUAAAUUUUUUUCUCCUUCUUACUACUCAAUUAAGCAAAAAAAUUUAUUUUCUCUACAAGAAUAUAGACAAUAGAAAAAAAUUUUUUUUUCUAAGAAAAGUCGAUAAAAAAUUUUUUUAAUUAAAAAUUUUUAUUUAAAAAAUUUAGCUAUCCCACUUACUUUUGCGAAAUUCAUUGAUUAAUAAAAAUUCCCCUAUAACCCGCCCAUAUUUUAUAAUUUAAAUUUAAAAGUGGGAUUGAAAAAGAAGAUUUUAAACAUUCAAAUUUAAAAACUUAAUCCUUAGACCCUAAACAAAAACUCCCUAUACUCUAAAAAAUGUCAAAAACAUUUAUUGUCCUUGUGAUAUUCACAAUUGUUUUUGUUGAAUGUUGUGUUGGUCGUAAAAGAAAACAAGCACACCCUCAAUCAACAUUACACAAUAAAGCUGCUGAAAGUUCUAAAAAUGGGUCCAGACGUUCAACAAAACAUAAAACAAAAUCAGAAGAGAAGGAAGAUCCUUCAUAUGUGCACACUGGGAAAAGGUUGUCUACAUGGACAGAUCCAAAAGUUAAUUUAUACGAGGAUGAUUCUUGUGUUUCUGAUGGAAAGUAAAAAAUAGGAGAUAAAGAAUUUUGAUUGGGGGGAUUUAUUCGAGAGAAAAAAAGAAAUUCCAUGAAGUUUUU